GCGCAGUGGUGACGGAGGAGGCGGCGGUUGACUAGCUCGCGACCGGAGCUGAGGUAGCGGGAGCCGGCGCCAUGGUGGAGAAGGAAGAGGCAGGCGGCGGGAUCAGCGAAGAGGAGGCGGCGCAGUAUGACCGGCAGAUCCGUCUGUGGGGACUGGAGGCCCAGAAACGGCUGCGGGCCUCCCGGGUGCUUCUCGUUGGCAUGAAAGGACUCGGGGCUGAAAUUGCCAAGAACCUCAUCCUGGCUGGAGUGAAAGGACUGACCAUGCUGGAUCACGAACAGGUCUCUCCAGAAGACCCUGGAGCACAGUUCCUCAUCCGUACUGGGUCUGUUGGCCGCAACAGGGCUGAAGCCUCUUUAGAGCGAGCUCAGAAUCUCAACCCCAUGGUGGAUGUGAAGGUGGACACUGAGAACAUAGACGUGAAACCCGAGUCAUUUUUCACUCAGUUUGAUGCUGUAUGUCUGACUUGCUGCUCCAGGGAUGUCAUAGUUAAAAUUGACCAGAUCUGUCACAAAAACAGCAUCAAGUUUUUUACAGGAGAUGUGUUUGGCUACCAUGGAUACACAUUUGCCAAUCUUGGAGCGCAUGAAUUUGUAGAGGAGAAAACCAAAGUUGCCAAAGUUAGCCAAGGAGUAGAAGAUGGUCCUGACACCAAGAGAGCAAAGCUUGAUUCAUCUGAGACAACAAUGGUCAAAAAGAAGGUGGUCUUCUGCUCCCUUAAAGAAGCUCUGGAAGUGGACUGGAGCAGCGAGAAAGCCAAGGCGGCUCUGAAGCGCACCACAUCUGACUACUUUCUCCUGCAAGUGCUCCUGAAGUUCCGCACCGAUAAAGGAAGAGAUCCUAGUUCUGACGCCUUUGGGGAAGAUUCCGAAUUGCUGCUCCAGAUCCGCAAUGAUGUGCUCGACUCCCUGGGUGUUAGUCCUGACCUGCUUUCUGAAGACUUCGUCAGGUACUGCUUCUCCGAGAUGGUACCAGUGUGUGCAGUGGUUGGAGGGAUCUUGGCCCAGGAAAUUGUGAAGGCCCUGUCUCAGAGGGACCCUCCUCACAACAACUUCUUCUUUUUUGAUGGCAUGAAGGGAAACGGGAUUGUGGAGUGCCUUGGCCCCAAGUGAACCCAGAACAGCGGGGCAGUCCCAGAGGUGCUUGACCCACAGCUCCCCCCAAAAUGGUCGCCGGCCGCUCCAGUUGAAGGCAUGGUGAUGUCACCCACCACCCCAAACCUUUUCCUGUGAGCAGUAAGCUGGUACCAGGAUACGGGACUGGUUUCUGCGUUCCGGCACUCCUGCCCCAGGCCUGCCAACUCCCCUGAGUGGUGAUCCCCUGCCAUCACCCCCUCUGAUGCCUCCCGUCCUGGUGCCACCCCGGCGUCGCCAACCCCCCAGGGCCCCACCGGAGAUGCCAGCCAAGAUGCAGCACGCCACGUUGCCUAGGAGCCCUGCGUGCCACCUCUGGCUUAUUCCCUGCCUGAUGUCAUACAGAGAGGAGUGUGGCUUCAGGUGGGGAAUCAGGUCCCGGGCCCAAUGGCGCAGGAGGGCGCACACAGACAGGUGUGCCCCCGCAGGGGAGGGGAGAAAAGCGCUGGAAUGCAUUUCCUCCAAAGUUUGACAUCCUGAAAAACAACAGGUGGCAUCUGGUGUUCGUGCUGGAGCUGGAGUUCAGGAUUAGCCGAGUUCCAGCCUGAUUGUGGAAGAGAGAAGAAAUGCUACCAGGCCCUUUGCAAACUGAAUAUUAGUGGGAAAGCCUGUUGACAAAAGGCAGAGUUCCCCACAUCCCCUCUCCCCUGAGCCCCUGGGAUUCUGAUUCUUAGGCCUAUUGUAGUUGGCAGGGCCUGCCUUCUCGAAGGCAUGUCACCGCCCCAGCCAUCCCCCAGAGCCCCUGUAGUCCAUCCAGAUGGUGGUGGAGACUGGGUUGCUGGGUUGCCCCUGCCCGGACCCCCUGAAUUGCAGCUGUUUGUAUGUUUUCUACAUUUCCUUGGCUCUUUACAACGGAGUAAUACAAAUAAAAGUUAUUUGCCUUAGGA